UUUUGCAAUUUCCAGUUCUGAUGCUUCCUCAUCCUUUGUAUCCGUUCAGUGGGUUCUUGUAUUUCCUGCUCCUAUGCGUCCUAGCCUUGCAUUCCCUCCUCUUCAUUACGCAUCUUUUCUCCUUCUUCUAUUAUUCCCCCCGGCAGUGCCCGUCAGAGCGCUCAGGUGCCCUCCACACCAGCGCUCUCCGGCCCUCCUCGGAGCCCUGCCAACAAAGAGAAAACUGCACUGAUGUCCUUGUACCGUCACCGUCACCAAGGAAGUUCACUUCUCUCUUCGGAGGGUCGCCCACACCACUACCUUCGGGUAUGUGGACCACUUCAUGGGGAUCUGGGGGAAGGGACAGCCUGAGUUCCGGGCAGUGGGGAGCCUUCGGGCGAACUGCGUGCCUUCGAGCGGCCGUGGCCUAUGCUCGCACCGACACCAAAUAACAGUACGGACAACAGUUGGUGAAGGGACUGGCUAGAGGCGUCUCCUUUG